CUCAGCGCGCGCUUAGAGUGCAGCAUCCUUCAGAAGACCAACGCAAACCACAUAAACACCUUUUAUUGACACGAAUGCUGGAUAGUACAGGAAAGCUGAAUAUGUAUAUGUUUUGUUUGAGAGAGCAUUGAUCCAGAUAUCUCUCAUUCCAGAGUCUUCAUGAAAGUCAUUCUUUGUUAUAAAGAACCACGCGUUUUUACGACCUCAAUGGACGAGGAAUGAAUUCGUAGUCACUCCGGUGUGAAUCAGAGGAGCGUUUGGAUGCAGGAACAUGAGGGCACGAGACCGCAGGACACCAGCAGGAGGAUCUUGUUGCUAGACGAUGCGCUGCGUGCUAUCUCCAUGAAUGAAGCUGAUAACUUGACGUCUCGUUCUAGUGCCCAGGUCGGGGUCCCCCCAGAGGGGCGGGGCAGCAGUACAGGCAGGGCCCCGGUCGAGGACAUGCAGGCACUGUCAAUCACUUCUCUCUCUGCCUUGGAGGUAGAGCAACAGUUCGAGCUGAUUGGUCCUUUGGGGAAGGGCACAUACGGCAAAGUUGACCUGGUUGUGCACAGAAAACAGGGCACUAAACUGGCCCUGAAGUACGUGAAUAAAAACAAAACAAAGUUGCGCAGUUUCCUGCGUGAAUACAGUCUUAUGGCUGCUCUGGGCUGCAGCCCAUUUAUCAUCAAGGUUCUGAACGUUGUGUUCGAGACCGAGGAGAGCUACGUGUUUGGCCAGGAAUAUGCGCCUGCAGGAGACCUGUUUGACAUCAUCCCACCUCAGGCCGGUUUGCCAGAAGAUAUGGUGAAGCGGUGUGUUCAACAGCUGGGUUUGGCUCUGGACUUCAUGCACAGCAAGAGUCUGGUCCAUCGUGAUGUAAAGCCAGAAAACGUCCUCCUCUUCGAUCGAGAGUGCCGACGUGUGAAAUUGGCCGAUUUGGGAAUGACGCGCCGGACAGGCAGCCGAAUCAAGCGAAUCAGUGGCACGAUCCCCUAUACCGCCGCCGAGGUGUGCCAGGCCUCCGUAUCAGAGGGAAUUAUAGUGGCAACCCCGCAGGACGUCUGGGCCUUCGGAGUUUUGUUGUUUUGCAUGCUUACAGGAAACUUUCCUUGGGAAGCCGCGUUGCCUAGUGACGCAUUUUUUUCCGAGUUCCAGCGCUGGCAGAGAGGGGCGUGUCCUCCCGGUGCUGUACCGUCACAAUGGCGGCGUUUUUCUGAUGAUGCAUUACGCAUGUUCAACCGGCUGUUAGCGGUGGAGCCUGAGUGUCGCUGUGGCGUUAAAGAGGUGUUCUACUUUCUAAAAUACCACCUGCUGAAUCAUCACUGCCGCAGAUCUUCCUGUAGGGCGUCUAGGGGAGGUUCCAGCCGUUGCUCCGCCCACAGACACACAGAGCCUUCUCCUCCUUCGGGCAGUUUCUGUCUACGCCCCACCCCCCUCAAACGUAGCAUCCUGUCCGAGCCUCAUUCUUCCCGAGAGGAAUCCUCCAAAAGCCCGUCUCCAAAUCGCCAAGACAAGAAUAAAGUGAUGUUGACCACGCCUAUUGAAAUUUGCGUAUGAAGCCACAGGUGUGAAGCAGAACAUACAAACGCAGUCAUGAGACCAUCCAAAUUCCUACGAAUGAGCCGCCUUGUAAAAGACUUAUGAAUUGCAACAGAUCUAUAUCAAAAACAUUACAUGAGAACUUUGUUAAGGAUGUGUUAAAAUACAAACAGUACUCAUGGAACUGUCGCUUUAAAAAUGAACCUCAAAGUUUUCAAGGCAGAGUUCAUUCAAAUCAUGAAAAUCUGCCGACGUCGAUGUGGUUUCAACCAAGUAGGGAAAUAUUGCAGAAUGCUCUUGACCAGACUAUCAAGGACAAGGCCUGUAUUCCCGGUCCUCCAAAGCCAUAUGGUGUGAGAAAUGCAAAGAGCUUUUAAUGCCAAUGUUUAUUCUGGCAUCCUAGGGUUUUGGUGUGGCUGUCAGAUCAUUCUGGAAAUGUCUUAUUUUCUUCAGCAUUUCUUGCUUUGUGUUUCAGAGAAAAAUCAUUUGAGUUUGGACCAUUGAAUCUCCAUCUUGGGAUAAAAUGUGUCGUUCUCCUUUUUCAGGUUUUUGAAGGAUCUCACUUUUCUACAGAGCUCUGAACUGAAAAUCUUUUCUGUAGGAGACAAAGAAUCUUUGAUUUGACUUUUAAACCAGCCUAUUAUCACAUGUGUGCACCAAAAGGAAACAAGAUAUAUUUUAUACUGGAUUUGUAUGUUUUACUAAACCAUGCAGAACUACAUGCCUGAUGACAGCCACUGACUAGUGGUCAAAGAGACGGAGGAUUAGGUCUGUUUCCAAAGCUUCCUUUAUUGUACAUGUCCAGUUUUUGAAGAGCAAGAAUGCAGCCUCCUUUAGAUGACAGGGAUUUUAUUAUGUGUUUGUACUUGUUGUGUGUGUAUUUCAAAGAGAUUUUUGAAGAAACGAGGUUCAUUUUCGUGGGGUGUCUCGAGCGACACCAGUUUCUGUGUUCUCAUUGAAUGGGUCAGUUAGGUAAAAGAAGCCUCAUGGGCUUUUCAAGAACAUCUGCUCCACAGAACAUUGUGACAUUACUUUGUCAGCUAGUGCUUAUUUGUAGCGAAUUUUAUAUCAGAGAAAAAGAAUGAUGAACUAACUUCUAAAGAAACUCUGUUUAGUCUCACUUUAAAGUUGACAUAGGAUGUGUUUUAGAUAUUGAGUUAGAUGCUGGAGAACACUUACAAUGUUUGAGGAUAGUUGUAUUGCAAAAAAGCAUAAGCACCUUUCUCAUCAUCAACACAUUGAAAAGACUAAACGAAAACAAAAAUGUACGAAUGUAAACUGUGACUUGUAAGCUAUAGGAGAAGUCAUGUUUAAUAUAAUAGUUUAUAGUCCAUCAGUAUCCAAUUCAAAAGGAACUAAAGGUGCUUUUAAAAAUGAAUAAAUAAAUAUGAAACUGGAUGUUGUGUAGCUGGUGUACAGGUUGUCAUACAGUAGAUUGUUCUGAUUGAUAAGCAGCUGAUUAAACUGUUUA